CUGCUCCGGAGGAUCGAUCGAUCGAUGAGCACUCGCUUUGAUUCGAUCAAUCGAUUGAUCGAGCUAUAGGUAGCCAAUUACAAGCUAAUUAAAGCAGUAACCGUAUUAGAUCGUCGAUGGAGAUGACGAUGUCGUCGGCGGCGACGUCGCUGCCGCCGGGGUUCCGGUUCCACCCGACGGACGAGGAGCUGAUCCUGCACUACCUCCGCAGCCGCGCCACCGCCGGGCAGUGCCCCGUCCCCAUCAUCGCCGACGUCGACAUCUACAAGUUCGAUCCAUGGGACCUGCCAUCGAAGGCGGUGUACGGGGAGAGUGAGUGGUAUUUCUUCAGCCCGCGAGACCGCAAGUACCCCAACGGAAUCCGGCCGAACCGCGCCGCCGGGUCGGGGUACUGGAAGGCGACGGGAACCGACAAGCCCAUCCACGACAGCGCCACCGGCGAGAGCGUCGGCGUCAAGAAGGCCCUCGUCUUCUACCGCGGCCGCCCUCCCAAGGGCACCAAGACCAGCUGGAUCAUGCACGAGUACCGCCUCGCCGCCGACCCUCUCGCCGCCGCCGCAAACACCUACAAGCCCUCCUCCUCCUCCCGAUUCCGCAACGUCUCCAUGAGGCUGGACGACUGGGUGCUCUGCCGGAUCUACAAGAAGUCCGGCCAGGCGUCGCCGAUGAUGCCGCCGCUCGCCGCCGACUACGACCACGACGAGCCGUCCGGAGUCCUUGACGACGCCUACAGCUUCUACGCGCCGCCGAUGAUCAGCACCACGCUCAUCCCCAAGCUCCCCAAGAUCCCCUCCAUCUCCGAGCUCUUCGACGAGCACGCGCUCGCCCAGAUCUUCGACGCCGCCGCCGACCCGCCGGCCGACCACCAUCAGCAUGCCCUCGCCGUCCACCCCUCCCUGAACCAGCUCCUCGGCGUCGGCGACAACUUCCUCGCGGAGUGCUACCCGUCGACGGCGUCCACGGCCACCGUUGCCGGCGGCAAGCGCAAGGCGAGCCCGGCCGGAGACUACGCCGGCGGCGGCCACACGCCGGCGAAGAGGCUCAACGGCUCAUGCUUCGACGUGGCGCCGCAGUCCGUGGUGGGCGGCUUGCAAGCGACGCCGUCGUCAGUCCUCGCCGGACUCAACCACCAGAUGCUUCCUCCUCAGCUAUUCUGAAUAUAUUCUUAACUAGCUUAAUUAAUGGCCAUGGAAAUCGAUCAAACGCAGUCGAUCGAAUUUACGGAUGCUACGUACUGGCAUGAACAAUCUUGCCGACGAUAUUAAGAUCGGAUGGAAGCAUGGACGACGAUGAUGAUUGGGGUACGGUAUAGAAUUAUUGUAGUAUUGAACAAUUAGGCAUUUGUAUGCGAUUUUUUCUCCUACGUAUUCAUUUCAGGCACAGUGCAAAAGCAAGCUGGAGCCUUGAUAGUACUUUACACCGUAGAGAGGGAAUGUUGUACAAUUAAAGAUUACUAGAUAUACAGAACAAUAAUACUUUACUGUAGCCAAUUGAUAUACUACUAGUAUACAGGAUUGUAGAAGAUAUCAAAUGCAAUAGAUUCUGGCUCUGAUCUGGGAAAUGGAAAUUGCAUGGAUGUGUUA